AUGAUUGAAACGACUGGACUCGCCAUACCCUUGGACCAAUGGGUGUGUGCCUCGGCGCGCGUUGCUCGUAUGGACAUGCUGCUUCGCCUAUACGACUCUGGUCCUAGGAACGAUUACUCUCGGCUCGGUAUUGAUGAUGCUCUACCGUUACUCAGUCAUGCCUGCAAGGCCAGUUAUGGUAAUUUUAACGCGCUUGACUUCGACAUCAAAUCAUCACAAGGUCCUUUGUCGUAUUCAGCAGUUUUGACCAUCACUGGACCGGACGAAAUUGGAAUCGAAUUCCCGGAUUCUGAUAAACAUCCUACCCAAUUGCAAGCCAAGAAGAGCGCUGCAUAUAAAGCAAUCCUUGGAGGGGCUAUUGGAUAUAUUAUGCAAAGUGCAAGUUCGGCUGUUAAUGAUUCAAAUAAAUCACCUGCCGACCUUCCCCCACCUCUCACACGAGCUGCAGAAUCUAUUCCAAAAGCUGGGUCCUCCGAUACCACCAAGACCACUACUACCGGCAUAAACCAAGGGAGAAAGGCUCGUGGAGCUAAACAGAAAGCCCCACCUGACGCUAUGAACCUUAUCAAUACAUUCUUACAAAGAACUUACCGAGAUCGCAAAAUGACAAUGCCAAAAUCAUCACAGGAAUGGAAAGUGGUGCUCUGCGGAGGAGGAGUCAUGGCUCACUUGACCAUUAGGCUACCUUCUGGGAGCUCCAGGUCCUACGGUGACCUUCCCGGGAGUUCUGUAGAUCCCGCGAAGAUCCCAAAUGUUUAUCCGUCCGCAACGGUGGCUAAACGAGAGGUAGCCAGUGAUGCACUGAAAGCGGGUGUACUACAAUUCAUCAAAUUCGAUAAAACCGAAGCCCCAAUGCCUCCACAGCUGACUAGUCCAACAGUCCCUAUGGUCCGCGCUCACGGACCACUGUCAAGCUAUGUAGCGUACGACCCAUCUAAGGACAAGAUGGCUGCGGCCGGAAAGACGGGAAUAAUAACCAAGGUUCCGCGUACCUUGACGGACGAGAAUGUCCCUGAUCCCCCAAAAUCUGAAUCUGAAUCUGAAUCUUCGGCCUCAUCCGAAGAAGGCGCCAUUGAAGAUUCUGCUGAAGAUGUGGGUCCUGUCCCCCCACUCGAACAAGUCCUCGACUCGGUCCCGAGCCCAUCCCAUCAUGGGGAUCUCCCGAAUAUUGAUCAAUCACUAUCCCCUAUAGAUGAAGUGGAAGUCGUUGACGAUUUACUAGGGCCUGCCUCUGUAUCGAACCCCGAAGGAUCCAGCGAACAGGAUGAGGAAGAAGUUGAUGAACUGGCUCCGAAGUCGGAUGCAGGCACCCCGAUAGGCAUCAUCACUGUUGCUCCAGAGAAGAGGCCCUCGCCUCAAGAAGAUGAACCAGAACCUGCAGAGAAACAACCCUUCAAGAAACAAAAGACCGAGCCAGUGGAAAACUCGAUUGAAGGAGCCGACCAGAAACCAGAGUCUCCAGGACUCCAAGUGAUGGUAGGGCCCAAUUAUAGUAGCAUUCUAUCAGAAUUUUGUUUCGAGCGUGGUCAGGCGCAGCCUCAGGUGACUUAUCAAAGGAAUUUCGAACACCCCAAAGUAGAAGGACCAGUAAUGUAUAGCGUUUCCAUUAUCCUGGGUUCAAGUCGUUUCGAGCUGUCGAAGCAGUACGAAAGUAUCGAAUUGGGCGAAGAGAAGUUAUCAAAGCGUAUUUUAAGGCAGUUCGGCAUCCGGGCCAAGAAGAUUUAA